AUGAUGUCAUUUUUGCUUUCUACGCCGGCUUAUCCGACAAGCCAUCUUGGGGCCUUGGAGAACCCCUCGAAAGCCAAUACUGGCUUCGAAGAAAAGAUCGCGGGCGAAAACGCUCUGAAGCACUGGGUGUUGUACCGCGGUUGGCAACAGGCGAGAUACUUACACGAACCAAAGAACAAGAUUUCGCACAAUUCGCCCAUCUGGCGGUACGCUGACGCGUGUGAAAUGUUGGCGUGA